AUGUUCUUCGCUCGGUUUCGCCAGCCCGUCUACAAGACUGUGCUGAUGUGCCCGCCCAGUAGCUCAAGGCCCAAGCUGCCCAACUAUCAGAAUCUCACACCUUGGGUGAGGAUCUUCUUUUUCGCCCACACGUACUAUGCUUACAUUUACACGUUUUACAUGUUCGUGUUUGCAUUCUACAAGGGCUAUGCGCAGGGCAAGCCCAGUGUUGAAACCUCUUCGCCUUGCUUGGUGAGUUGA